GGGUUGUUGUUGUUGUAAUCUUGUAGCAUGCCUUCGCACAGUGUGUUUGGUAUGUUGGACGUGGCCCUCGUGCCCACGACUGGCAGUGGUAGUGGCGUCUUCGUUAUUGAUGUCCACACUGGAGCCAUCACGAGGCAGCUGAAGGAUUCUACAUCGGCCAGUGUGGUGCCCACUGCUGACGGCUAUGUAUGUGCGGUACAGAGCAACAAGGGGCUGCUGCACUAUUGGAAGAUGACCGACGCUGGCUUGGAUGAUGAUGAUGAGGAUAACCUCAGAGGAGUCUCCUCGAAUCCAUGCUACAAGUGCUCCACACCGGAGAAGCUCUGCAGUUUACUCUUCAGUGAUGGGCCAGCACAGUUGUUGAUUGCUGGUGGAGUCUCCGGCGCGAUAUACGUCUGGCAAUUGAGCACAGGACGACUUAUGCGUACAUGGAAAGCUCACUAUUCGGGAGUUACUCAAAUGAGACUUACUGCUGACGCCUCGUUCUUGGUAACGGCCAGUCUGGACACUACAGUGAAGGUGUUCACUUUGUCGAGUCUAAUAACUUCGGGAGGAGGCGGAGGUGGUGCUCCAUCACCAGCACGUGUUUUUCGUGGUCAUACUUUGCCAGUACAUGCAUUAGAGAUCCUGCAGGAGGCGGGACCAUCCGAGCCAUCUAAGAUCCUUAUCAGCUCGGGCUCUGCAGACGGCAGUGUGAAAAUAUGGGAGUUCACGCCUGGAGGGAGUGGUCGGCAAGUGGCAACCUUCAAUCUGCCCACUCCUGUUCACCACAUUGCCCUGAGCCCUCGAGGGCCACUCUAUGUUGGUGGUGAUGAUGGUAGAGUGCACGUGAUCGAUAUACAGAGCAAGGAGAUCGACGUCCUCACGGGCUCCCAUGGGUCUGCUCUGCUCGGCCUAGGAUGCAGUAUUGACGGUAGUCGAGUGGUGAGCGUAGCAGCAGACGGCUUGCGCAUCUGGGAUGUAUUCAGUGGGCAGACGAUCAAGCAGGUCUCUACAGCACAGUUGAGUCUCCAAUCCCCUUGUGGGUUAACUAUGUUGUCUCGUGUGGAUUUUAUGAGGCACCCUAGCGGCUCUGUGGCUCCUCGAUUUCAAGCACUUCAGAGGGUACUCACCCCAGUGGAUGAUCUCGAGGCCCUUCCUGUGCCCUCGCGGAAAACGGAGCCUAGGAAAACCGCAUCGAUAAGAGAUGUGUUUGAAAUCGAUUUGGAAAGGGAGAGUGAACAGUCUCCUGUAUCGUGCCUUACGUAUGGUCUUCUGGAGGACGUCUUUGCCUCACCUGCGUGCGAUGAGGCAGUCAGCAAAGCCAAUCGAGUGAGAGAUAAGUGGCAAAACGUUGCGUUCACCCUCUAUCAGCAAGGCAGCAAGCAAGGCGGUAGUUCCUCCUCCUCGAGCGCCACCCUUGCUGUUGAGUCGUCAGUAGUGAUACCACCGGCCGUGAUGGAGCCUGCCGCGGAAGCUACUAAAGAACCCGAGGCGCCUCCGAAGGAUAAGAAGACGGUGCAACGUACAGUAGGAGGAUCGUCUCGCCCCAAACGUAAAGCAGCGAAAAAGUCCAUUAAGAAGAAGAAAGCUUAGCGGUCGUCUACCAAAA